AUGGAAGAAAAUCUUCAUUUCACACACUGCUAUCUCGAUGUUCCUCCCACACAUCAGAGCGGUGUUGAGCCUUCACACGUCAAACCAAGCGAUGUCGACCCGCCAACUGACAAGGAUGGUGAUGGUAUGGAAAAGAACACUGACACCAUCCACGGCUCACCUCAUCAAAGUUCAGAAGAUGACAUGAAUUCCACAAACCAGGAUGUGGAUGAUCUGGCAAACAAUCAAGAUACCAUCCACAGCUCACCUGAGAAGACCACUCAGGAGCAAAAUUCUGAUGGCGACCAGGAAGUGGAUGAUAUUGACCACGACACAGAGGAUGUCCACAAUUCCAAGUUGUGCCAGAUGUUUGUUCUUGUCCCACAUCAGCAUUAUGUGGCGGACCAGGUGAUUUUCACUAAUCCACUAGAUGUAAAAUAUAUGGUUCUCAUGCUGCACACUCUCAUAUACCCUUUUUUGGUUUGCAUUCUAGACUGUGGAUUAUGUGCACCAUCAGCCUCAGUCACCUACAACAAGCCAGAAUGA